GCUCCGCUCGGUCCACCCAUGUUCGCCUACCUGGUCCUGCUGUUCCUGGUGGUGUUUGUGACCACGUUCCUGUGGCGUGCCGCUCUAUACACGGAGCAGCUCCGCUUCUAGGCGGCACCAUGGCCACCUCGGCCGGGUUCGUGAGCACGGUGCUCAGCACGGUAUGCCUGCAGGCGCUGAGGCCCACCCUGCCGCCCGUGCCGCCUCUCACCGCGCCGCAGCAGCAGAAUGAGGCGUACCGGACGGCCUGUGACACCACGGACGAUUACCUGCGGCUGACGGACGGACAGCUGGUCGAGUGGAUGCGACCCCGCGUCACCAGAAAUCUCCAGAAUCGCACCAUCAGAGUCGGCGUCAAAAAGCUGCCGCCGCCAGUGCCGCCGCGCUACGAACCCGACAGCUGGUCGAUCCGCGUGGUCCAGGUACUCGCAUCCGUCUUCAACUUCACGCCCGAGUAUGUGGGCGCGCCCGUGCCGACCGGAGGAGUCCCUCAGAGCGGCGGCCGCUGGAGUGGACUCACCGGACAGCUGCUAGAGGACGAAGUGGAGAUGACAGGAAGCUUCCUGGUAUCCAGCAUGGAACGUCUAAACCUCGUCUCAUUUGGUGAAACAAUCGGCUACUCUCAGAUCGGCCUGCUGAUAGAAAAGCCAAAAGCGGAGACUCGAGACGACUCCCUCUUGGCUCCAUUCAGCAGUCACGUGUGGCUGCUGAUUCUGAUCUCGAUGAUCGUGAUGGGCCCGCUGAUCUGGGGCAUUAUCCGGUUCCGGGUGUGGCUGUCCACCGGCGACGCGCACCUGAACCGGGUCAUCCCGCUCGGCUCGUGCGUCUGGUUCGUCUACGGCGCGCUGAUGAAACAGGGCUCUGUGUUGUCGCCCGUCACAGACUCGUCGCGAAUGUUGUUUGCCACCUGGUGGAUAUUCAUCACGGUUCUGACGGCCUUCUACACGGCCAACCUGACCGCCUACAUGACGCUGUCGGCGCUCAAGGUGCCCGUCCAGAGCAUUGACGACAUCAGCGGCAACCAAAAGUCCUGGCUGGCACCGGCAGGUGACAGCAUCCAGAUGUAUGUGAACAAUUCGGCGACACUUCGCCGACUCCAGAGUGCUGGUAGGGGCUCCUACAUCCGACAUGAUGAGCCCAUCGCCAGAACCAUCAGCAAAGUUCGCUCCGGUUACGUUUACAUUGACGAGGUGUCCAAGCUGAAUGCGAUGAUGAUGGCCGACUACUACGCCAGCAAUCACACGUGCCACGUGUACGUGGUGCCGCUCAAAGACCAGUACAUCAAGUACUCGCUGGCCGCUCCCAAAGACUCGCAGCUGCACCACAUCUUCGACCCAUUCGUCCACUGGCUGGUGAUGUCCGGCAUUGCCAGCAAGUGGAAGCGAGACGCCGAGGUGGACGCCGAGCCCUGCGCCAUUCCCAAGGGCAUCCAGGGCACGCAGCUGAAGAACGAGGAGCUGCGCAUGAUCUACUACAUCCUGCUCGUCUCGUACGGCUGCGGCGUGGCGCUGCUGCUGUUGGAGGUCGGCCUGGGCCGGCUGCUGGACCGGUGUGCCGGCGGAGGGGGCGCCCGGCCCGCCCGCCAGUCCCUCUCCGUGCUGCAGCGCGUGCUCGGCCAGGAGGCCGGCGCCGCCGCCGGCAAGACCGCCUGGCCGGCCGCCAGCGGCGACCAGUCCAAGCCGACCACCACCUACGCCUACGGCAUGUCCGUGAACCCGGCGGCCGUUUCCACGUGGUCUGCGGUGACGACGUCGCUGACGACGCCGCCGGCCGGGCCGGCCUCGUCCGCGGCGCCGGCCGGCUCCGGCUCGGGCGCGCCGCGCUCCGACCGCGAGGUGCUGCAGGAGAUGCGCAACAACAUCAAGUACAUCAACAACCGGCCGUACAUGUUCGUCAGGGAUGGCGCCGGCGGCGUGCGGCCCGUGCCCGUCACCGAGGAGCGCAGCGAGGUGUUCGAGCGCGUCUUCAAGGACCUCAAGGAGCGGCCGAACAGCUCCAGAGUUGACGACCACUUCGGCGACCUCUAUUCUCCCGAACACCUCAUGCGGCAGUAGGCUAGCACGCGCAAAGAGCUGCUCACCACUCACAGGUCUACCCUGGCCACUAGAGAGAACGCACUAGACAAAUGAGGGUGGUGGACCGUGGACAUUUGGAGGACUCUUUAUAAGAUAUUUUUCUCUUUCUCGUGGAUAAAUCGUCUGGUCAUGGCGUUAAAGCGUUUGGGACAUUUUACAAAUUGACGGAUGAAAUCAUGUGAUAGAAAAUAAGUAGGUAUCUAAAUGUACCGGAAAACAUCGACGUAAUUUCGAAAUCUUCGUACCUUUAUUUUCAAGGCUUUUAUGGGCUGAACUGAGAUAAAAAUAUCUAAAUGAGAUAUUCCGGUCUUUCCAUUAGCCUUGGUCGACCAGAAAAAAAAUGGGCCGAUCAAUAAAGCUGAUGUGCUUGGUUUUCAACAGUACACUUUAACUCAUAGAAUAGAAUAUUUUCAAAAGAGCCCGCUGUUACUUUGGAACUGGCAAUGUGACGAAUGUGCCCGGGUCCCAAUAGUGAUCCAAGGGCACGAGGUCUAACACAGUAGCUAAUCUACCUUAUAAUGAUACCUAUCGAUAAACGAGACUCGAUCGAUGGCAUCAUUCGAUAUGCAAGGAUCAAUUAUGUAAAAACCUGCCGAUGCCUAUGAAAGCCUUUAACCCGCCUUGUAAAAAUACGUUGCAUAUCUAUUAUCUAGAUAUAGAUUUAUCAACUUAUAAUCAGUUUCAUCCCAAUUAACGGCGUAUCAAUGAAACUAAAACUGCGAUGAGAUGUUUCCAUUUCCCAACCAUGCAAGAUGUGCUUGGAAUCGUGUAGGUACCUAAACAUGCUACGUUGAAAAAAAUCAAAUAUGUAUAGGUAGGUAUUGUGUAACACCAAUGAUGAGUGUUUUCUUGUUGGAUCAAAGUUGUCCCUAUGGGCAUUGGGCAUCCCACCAAUUUAUCACCCAAUGAUCAGGGCCUCCUCUAACAUGUUAACUGGGGGGGGGCGCGGCCCCCGCAGUGAUGCCACUGCACCCCCACACACUCCACCCCCCCCCCCCCCCCCCCAGUGGAGCUGAAAUCGCGUCACGGGGGGGAGACACGCAGUUAAGCCAAUGAUAUAGAAAAAUGAUGAACUUCCACUUCAAGCUAACCAAACAAACAAAAUCCACAAUUUCUUAACGAUCACCCAACUUAUUGGACUAAUUUUAGUUUUCUUAUACCGUUGGGUUGGGCUCUUUCAGUCUACUGAGAACAUUUCAGAUCCCCCAAAGACGAGCGGAUAGAGGACAGACAUUGAACUUAUAAUUGAACACAGACUGACGCCCCAAAGGGACAAAGUCCAUCCCUUGAGAAGGAAACGUCCCGUUGGGUCGUCCUCUCAAUCAAGCAAACGUUCAACACGGAGGAGUGUGAAUAUUCUUUCGGGUAAGCGUGCGUAUUCUUUAAGAGGAAACUGCUUUUCGCUCAAAUAAGAAUAUCGCAGAGUUAUAGGAUGAGAGAAGCUGUUUGCUUCCAUAUAGGUACGACCUUGGUUUCCAGUGUUUGGGAGAGAUUAACCCUCGCACUUAUUGGAGGUCGGAUAGACCCACUCCCCUUGUUUUUUUUCGCAAAUUAACUCGCGUAAAUAGUGACCCAUCGCGGCGAAACUUGUAGAUGUUCGAAGUAAUCA